AUGAGUAACAACAUCCCGGCCGAUCUUGCUUAUGAGGACAUGUUAUGGAUCACUCAGAGGGGGUUUUAUUGGCAAGUCGCGGCAACGGUCAUCGCACUCUAUGACCACAUCACCACGUUCGAUCUUGAGGUCGAGUUGAUUUGGAAAAAGAAGUUGUCGAUCGUUCAAGUUCUUUACUUUAUCAAUCGGUACUCCGGCGACGCCUUGUUCAUUCAUGGCACUACAUAUCAGUUAUGGUUGAAGGGAGACGCAUUCUACAAGGGGUACGCCUUUCAUCCUGACUCCCCGUAUCGCUGA